AUGCCGGCGUGUCAGUUUGUAAUUGGAUCGUGCGGCGAGCACCAAAAGGAAGGGCGGUCUGUGAUAUCCAACCAGAGAAUCAGGAGCUUGCCCAGGGGGGGAACUGGGACGGAGCAAGGUGAUACAGAAACGUCGCAGGGAGUCGCUUUUGCGAGAGAUCUUGAGAGGGAUUUGAAAAGGGAAAGUUGGACUCUUGAUGCGGAUGAGCGACGAAAUGCCGCGGAAUGCUGCGGUUCUCCGUCGCCGUUGAUGAAGCUGUCUCGUUUGUCUUCGGCAGCACCGUCUUCUGAUGAGCGUAGCCACGCGCACUUGUUACAGGAGGCCUCUGAACCUCCGCUUCGUGAGGAGCGACUACGGGAGGAUCGACAGGCGACUCAGAGCAGAAAGGAAGGCGUGCACCGAGAAGAAAGGGGGGCGUGUUUGCAGGGACUUCCCCUCGAAUGUCACACGGCGAGUCCCGGCGUCUCUCCGCGGAUGCGCCUGUCCACUGGUAGUCCGCACGGAACGAAUGGAGUCGAGUGCCGGAGGCCGAGCGCAGAUGGCGUCUCUGCCUCUACGUCGCACGACGGGAGGGCCCCAGAAAGGCAGCCUGCGUCUGCGCACAAUGAAAGCGGCGGAGAGCGCCCGUUGGAUACGUGCGCUCACCGCUGCUCGACGUCUGAAGGCUCUUCCGUUGGCUCGUGCCUCGGCGACGACAGCAGUGACCUACGGGAAAAGACUUCCGCAGAAUGCUGCGGAGGUGCUGAGGCUCCCGAUGGCGUCCCUUGUGCCCCUACCAGCCCGCCGCAGUCAAUCGGUUCGGCGUCAACCAAGGGAAGUUCGCCAGAAGUCGUUUCUGCGGCUUGCCGAUCUUGCGGCCCAGGCCGAGAGUUGACGGCAUCCUCUGCAGUGGAUUCAGAGUCGUCGUUUUCGCGGGAGCGCUGCUCGUUGUCGCCGGAGCUCUGCCCGCAGGUGCCGUUGUCUCCCAGCAAAGAGGGUGAAUCCAGCUCGGCGUCUUUGUCGGCCGGAGACGACUCAUUCCCCCAGUCCAUUCUUCUUCCCUCGGUGUCGUGUCCUGUAGAGUCGGCGGCGUCUGUAUGUGGCGGAACGACUCGGGCUUCUGCGCUUGAUGUGUCGGGGGUCAGUGAGAGCCAGAGCCCUCUGGAAGGGGAUCCACCGCCGCUGCGCCGGCGCUGGGUCUCUUUCGAUCUGUUGGACUCAGAUUCAGAUUACCUCGACCCUGAUGAAGAAGACGCGGAGCAACGCGAACUCGAGCGCCUCGCCGCAGCGGCCGCGGCCGAGGCAGCGCGCCUCGCUCGUCAGAGCAAGAGCCGGGGAGGCUCGCGCUCGUCGAGUUACCUCCGCGGCUCCAAUCGCGCGACCGAGCAAAACGCUGCAUUUUUAGGGCUGCCGCUGAAGACUGCCGGUCUGGCUCUGCACGAGGGCGCGGAAGGUGAGAUCAGGGACGAAGGGGGCUUUCUGCAAGCAGCGCAAGCGCGUCAGGGGCCCGGUAAAGGAGUUGAAGCCGGACUCGAUUACUCGCCGUUUUUAUCAGAUCGUCAUCAUGCGGCUGCGUUUGCACACGCGGGCAAACGAGCGCGCGUCCUUUACGAGACCUCUAACGGGGUUUAUGGACACGAUGGAAAGCUGCCGGAAGGCGGGGAGCGUCUGGAGAGGGGCGACAUCUCUCUCGGCUCUGAAGGAUUCGAAUUCUUCAGAAAUGCUGCCACGCUAUUUUUGCUCCACGGCCGUGAAGACGUCCGCUUCGUUGACGAGCAAGGAGAAAAGGCCGCAAACGGAGUGGAGGCAAAAACUAGGGAAGACGACGAAGACGGAUGGGUCGUCGCAGGCAGGAAGCGGAAACCUGUAUCAGAUAAUGGUGGGUGUCGACGGAGUUCAGGACGCCCAGAGGGGAAGGGGAAGUCGAGGCGCGAGGACCGGCCGCCUGUCAGAUGGGUCGCCUGGCUGGAUCCAUGCAGCAGCAGCGGCGGGGCGAAGACAGAACCAGCAACCCUUGCGGCUGGUCAAGCGCUUCCCCCGGCGCCGCCUUGCCGAUCUCCCAGGCCGGGUUCGCAGACGCCGAGCGAGUCAGCGGGCAACCCUGCAAGGGAAGGCUCCGGGGAGGCACUCAGCGGCUCAUCUCGUGAGGAUGCCCAGCCGGCGUCGUCAGCCGGUCAGGGCGCGAAAGAUGCGGCUGAGUGCGGCCCGCAGACGAGUAGCAGUCCAGGAGAGGCGCGGAGCGACGAGAAGUGUCCUUCGACCGGGGGCGGUCAGGGCCCAGCCGACGGGGGAGCCAGUGCGGCGGGGGUGCCUUGGAGCAAGCAGCUGCAAGAAGAGUAUGAACAGUGCCUCGAGAGAGUCGCGAAGUUGUCGUCUUGGUCCGCAGUGACCCCCUUCCUCGCCUGGUGGCUGCCCGCGAGCGCCAUCCGCGGAAACCUCCAUAACCUCUGUCUUUUUAAGAAUCCAGUGAAGCCGCUCUGGGAGCAUCCGGAUAAUAUUCGAGGAGGACACUUUGCCCUUCGGCGCUUUGCAACCAAAGCGACAGUACAGGAAAUGUUUCAUCUGCUCGCGACCACCGUCUUGCGAGACGAGCACGUCGUCCCCGUCCGGCACUGCAACGGCAUCGUGCUUUGCGUCAGGCAGCAUUGGCGGAAGCACAAGAUCGAGUUUUGGACAGCGUCCCUCGACAGUGGAAUCGUCUCGCAGCAGGAAAGCCUUCUACGGCGCCUUCUGACUGAGUUGCCAGAAGGCUCAGGUCUCGGCGUCGAGCUGGAGUUCGUGUCUCACCGAGAGCUUGUGCAGAGGAACCACAUGAAGGUGAUGCGAGCGCGAGGGAAGCUUCCGCGGACGGCGGGGGGGGGAACGCCAACAGAACCUGUUGCGGGCGUCUCUCCUGUCGCGCCGAACUGGAGCGGCGUGUGCGCGCAGAAACCCCUUCUGCCUCGUUCUGCGGUGGACCUUCCAGCUCCUCCUCCCUUGUUGCCAGAGGGCCCUCCGUGUCUUCCAUCCACGAAAACCAACAAGGCAUUCCCCGGGGAACACCGGGCUGCGAAAGGCAAGCACGGCGCCGAGAAGCGGGAGGCGGACGGAGACUGUCGGGCGGCGGGGAGUGACAAACUCGGCGAUUCCGCGGCAUCUGCAAAAAAGCAGACCUCGCGGGACGGCGCAACGACGAGUGCAUGCGGCGCUGAAAAGAAAGGCUCGGGCUACGCGCCCCUGCAGCCGGCGCCGUGGCAGGGUUCGUUGGCAGAUGACACUGCGCGCAAGAGGGGCGGGGAGGAUGCCAGGAGACGCGGGGAAAGGGUUAGAGACGAAGACGUGCGCUUCUCGGAACAUGAUGCCCAGCACGGCGCUGGCAGCGAGGCAGAACUGGGGGCCGAGGUCUGUGCCCCUGGCACGCUUGCGGCCUGUGGUUCAGGUGACCGCGGAGGGGCUCCUCUCUUGCGGUGUCCCGACUCCCUUGGGGAGGGGGAGUUCUUGUCGCUCUUGAAGGAUGGAAGAAACGAGGUUUUCGAGGGCGCAGCUGCGCAGGCGUCCGCGUAUGACCCCCACGAGGGGCGGGCCGACCGCGGCGGGGGGAUGGCAGAUCCUGCAGGCCCUCAGUUGCGAGGGGACGUCGCGGCAGCGAACUGCGGGAGCGCUUUGUGGAGCGGACAGGACGGCACGAUGCCUCGCCGAACCCGGGGGCCCCGGGGCGAGAGUACGAAGACCGGAGACCUGCCUGCGCUCAUGCAGGCGCCUCCGCCGCUUCUUCCGGGCGAACCGAUUCCCUUUCCGGGGCGGCCAUCGUGGUGGCAGACAGGCCAGAGUUCUGCGCCGUUUACUCACCUGGCUGGAAACGAGUUUGGCGGCGACGAUGCGUCUCUGCGCGGGCCGGAGCUCUGUGAGUCUGCGACGGGGUUUGGCUUCGACGAAGCCGACCCAAGCGCGGGGGGCGGCCGUCCCUCCUCCGGAGGCGCUGGGUCAGGAGGCACGGAGCCCCUGUGCCCGCACGUGUCGCACGCGCCUCUGCAGCGCGGGGAGGGUGGCAGUUCUCCAGGCUCGAUGGCGGCCAAGACGGCCUCGUCGAAUCCUUCCAGCACGUCCCCGCUGCUCCGGCCUGGCGGAGGGGGAUACCCACGCCACGCGCCGCUCCACCUCGGAGGACGGCGGCUGCCUGCAGGCACAUCGUUGACCGCUGCCGGGCAGGUUUGGCCGCGCGGAGCUCCACACGCGACUUACAACUCUGGGCGGGGUGUGCUUCCGCGCGCCGGCGAAGAAGACUCCGUCUUCGCUUCUCGUAGCGUGGGCGCGUCCGCAAUGGGGAGGCGAAACGGCGCAGCAGGGGGCGACUCGGCGCUCUCCUCAGGACCCCAUUCGGAGCCUUUGGGGGGCUACGGGCCGUCCGCAGGCGCGGCGUCAUUGCGGGGCGGCGCGGUUAGCGCGUUCUCUGGAGCUGGCAACCCGUCUCGAGGCGGUGACAGGCCCUUCGUUUCAGGUUCCUCGCAGCUGCCGAGAGACGGGAGUGGAGGGGCUGCCAAGUCUCUAGCCGCUCCGUCGCACGUUGCGAAUCGCCGCGGGAGCCAUGCGAGCCGAAACGGAGUCGCGCGCUUGUCGCAGAGACGAAACAGCAGAGGCGAAGACCAAGAAGACGUCCCGUCGAUGCCGUCGCCAGCGGGGGGAGCGACGCCGCGGGGGCCCAGUUGGCGAACGAUGUUUGGUCCGAACGAGGAGGAACAGCGACGGCGGUUAGCGACACAGAUGGUUUCAAGGAUCAGCGUCAAGUCCAUUCCAGAUUAUUUUAGCAUGCAGCUCGCUGCAAACCUCAGAGGCGCUUCUUUCGGGAGUGCAGCCGCCAUCCAAGCUGUUGCAGGGGGGUCAUCUGCGCUCCCGGCCUCCUCUGCGCCCCUCGGGGCCGGCUUUCUGUCUGUGAACCCUGCGGAGGGGUCGACCGGGCCUCUCCCGGCUCACGGGAUCGACGCCUUCAACGUGAGCUCGUAUGGCAUUGCCGCAGGCGAAUCCUCGGGUGGAGAGCGGAACGAUGUUUCGGGAGCGCGGGACGAGACGGCCAGUCAGGAUCCUGCGCAGCAUCCUCUCUCCGCUAUCUUUGGCGGAGGCAGCAUUCCCUGUGGGGCGUUUCCGCCAGUCAUUCCUCCUCGUCUUCUCGCGUCGCCCUCAGUCGGGCGAGCAGUGGCCAGUGUGCUGCAGGCGCAGCUGCCACCAGUGUCUCCCGUCAUGCAAGUCGCCCAGCGACACCUGGGCCUGAUUUCCCCAGGCAUAGAGCCGCAUUUCUUGGGGCAUGUCGCCGCGGGACUGGAAGUUGGCUUGACGAAACGAAGUCGUCCCACAGGCGCCUGUGGAGGUUCGCCGACAGCACGCAGUGGUGUUGAUGGCUCCCUGCAGGAUUUGUAUCUUCCUCCGUUGGCCGCGCACCCUGCGCUGGAUGCGGCGACUCCCGUGCCUUCCCCCACUUCUGCUGCCCUCGCGUCUCCGAAGGCCGCGAAGGGAGGAGAGAGAGAAGAGGGGCGGCAGGAAGACGCGCUGUCUCUCGCCUCGGCAGAGCAGGCCUUCGCCUCCAGAAGGCCCUUUGCAUUCAACCCUCAGGCUGCCGUCUUCCGGCCCUCCUGGGUCCCGGAGGUGGGGCGAAGUGACAGACAAGAAGAGGAGCCGCGCCGCCGCGAGAGCCACGAAAAGGUCAGCGCGCGGGAAGGCAGUGCAGCGAAGUAUGACGCAGAGAAAGACGCGAGGGCGCAUACAAGCCAAGAGAACGGCGAACACAGCGCACACUCCCGAGCAAGGCCGGCGAAGACCAGCUGCCAGGCGAAAGUCAGGGAGGGUGGCAAGCCUGCAUUGGCGCCUGCUCCAAAUGCUGUGCCGGCAGCGGCUCCAGGAACAAAACUCACAGAGUGCGCGGGGGGCGUGGCGGCGGGGAGCGAAGUCUUCGCAGAUUCCGAAGACGGGCGGGUUUGA